CACACAGGGUGGGGGGUUCAAAUACAGCUGUGCCUGCUCACACUUUCGCUCAGGACGUCCCUGUGUCGGGGGUGAACAUCCCGUUAUCCUCCCUCUCCUGCCUCUCUCCACGGGAUUAACGCACAAAACCCCGACUGCAAUUAAGGAACCCCGCCUGUCAAUCUCUCCUUUCACCCCAUUACCCGACACAUACAGCUCCUCUCUGAGGCAACAGGAGUUUUUUUUUGUUGUUCAAGCAGUGGCACAUCUCGGCCACUGAACAGUAACGCUAUUUCUCCCCGUUAUUAUUUUAUUAUCGCGAGAGCCCGCAGGCCCAGUGACCCGGCGUCCGGGGCUGAUCCGACCGCCGCCGCCGGUCACCUGGCUCAUACAUCUGGGAACACUUUGUUUUAACAGCGAUGGAGUAUUUCAAGUUUUCUUUGGUGUUGCUUUCAUGCUGGAUCAAGUUCGCAGACUCCGUCUUCUCUGCUGAAGCCCCUCCGGCUCCUGCGCUCCUCCCCAAAGAGAAACUGCUCGUCCUGACCGUGGCGACCGAGAAAACAGAUGGCUUCCUGCGCUUCAUGCAGUCUGCCGACUAUUUCAACUACACUGUGAAGGUGUUGGGGAUGGGAGAGGCGUGGAAAGGUGGAGAUGUGGGACGCUCCAUUGGCGGAGGCCAAAAAGUCAGACUACUGAAGGAGGCCAUGGAGGCGCUGGCUGACCAGGAGGAUCUCGUUAUUCUCACUGUGGAUAGCUUUGAUCUUAUCUUCGCUGGUGGACCAGAGGAGAUUCUCAGGAAGUUUCAACAAGCCAAUCACAAAGUGCUCUUCGCAGCAGAAGGCCUCAUAUGGCCGGACAAGAGGCUAGCUGACAAGUACCCUUCAGUGCGCAGCGGCAAGCGCUUCCUCAACUCCGGUGGUAUAAUGGGCUACGCUCCAUACAUCAACAGAAUAGUGUCGCAGUGGAACCUCCACGACAACGACGACGACCAGCUCUUCUACACCAAAAUAUACCUGGAUCCGUUACAGAGACAAUCGUUCAACAUGACGUUGGACCACAGAUGCCAGAUUUUCCAAAAUCUGAAUGGAGCUGUUGAUGAAGUGCUUCUCAAGUUUGGAACUGGCCGAGUAAGAGUCAGAAACACCAUGUACGACUCUCUGCCAGUGGUUGUUCAUGGCAACGGAAACACCAAAAUGUAUCUGAACUACUUGGGAAACUACGUUCCCAAUGCUUGGAACUAUGAACACGGCUGCAGCCACUGUGAUCAUGAAGUUGUGGACUUGUCUCUUCUCAAGGAGUACCCGAAUGUGCUGAUCGGAGUCUUCAUUGAGCAGCCGACUCCAUUCCUCCCCGAGUUCUUCCAGCGCCUGUUGACCCUCGACUACCCCAAGGAUAAACUCCGACUCUUCGUCCAUAACAACGAGGUUUACCACGAGAAACACAUCCAGAGGUUCUGGGAGGACAACAAGAACGUGUUCGGCAGUUUCAAGGUUGUGGGUCCGGAGGAAAACCUGAGCCAAGGAGAGGCCAGAAACAUGGGCAUGGAUCUCUGCCGUGAAGACGCCACGUGUGACUACUACUUCAGCAUCGAUUCAGACGUCAUGCUCACCAACAGACAGACUGUGAAGCUUCUCAUUGAGCAAAACAGAAAAAUAAUUGGUCCCCUUGUCACUCGGCAUAGCAAGCUGUGGUCCAACUUCUGGGGAGCCUUGAGUCUGGACGGGUAUUACGCUCGAUCUGAAGAUUAUGUCGACAUUGUACAGAGAAAACGUGUGGGUGUGUGGAACAUUCCUUACAUGGCACAUGUAUACCUUGUCAAGGGCAGUGUUCUGAGGACUGAGCUGAAAGAAAGGAACUACUUUGUUCUGGAGAAACUGGACCCAGAUAUGGCUUUGUGUAGAAAUGCCAGAGAAAUGACCAGUCACAGAGAAAAAGACUCCCCUUCUCCGGAAUCAUUCCAUAUGCUCAGGCCCCCAAAGGGGGUCUUCAUGUACCUUACUAACCGUCACGAGUUUGGGAGGCUCAUUUCCACAGCCAAUUAUAACAUUUCUCAUUACAACAAUGACUUGUGGCAGAUAUUUGAAAACCCCGUGGACUGGAAAGAAAAGUACAUCCACCAGAACUACACUCGAAUUUUCACAGAGAACCACAUGGAGGAGCCGUGUCCAGAUGUGUUCUGGUUCCCGGUCUUCACGGAGAGGGCCUGCGACGAGCUGGUGGAGGAGAUGGAGCACUACGGCUCCUGGUCUGGAGGGAGACACGAGGACAAGCGGAUCGCCGGCGGCUACGAGACGGUGCCGACGGACGACAUUCACAUGAAGCAGAUCGGGUUCGAUAAAGAGUGGCUGCACUUCAUCCGGGAGUUCAUAUCACCUGUCACGCUGAAAGUCUUCGCUGGCUACUACACAAAGGGCUAUGCCGUCAUGAACUUUGUAGUAAAGUACACGCCGGACAGGCAGGCCUACCUGAGGCCGCAUCACGACUCUUCCACCUUCACCAUCAACAUCGCCCUCAAUAACAAAGACACCGACUUCCAGGGCGGAGGCUGCCGUUUCCACCGGUAUAACUGCUCCAUAGAGUCGCCGAGAAAAGGCUGGAGCUUCAUGCACCCUGGACGACUGACUCACCUCCACGAAGGCCUCCCCACCACCAACGGCACCCGCUACAUCGCAGUGUCUUUCAUUGACCCUUAACCACGAUGAACAUGAUGUAAAAUAGUCUUUUGAUGAUGCCUUGAUUUUUUUUUUUUUUUUUUUUUUUUUUUGGUUUUGUCUUUAGAUUUUCUUUUAUUGGCUCCUGGUGUUUGGGGAAUUUGCUCAUCACUGUUUGUUUUGUGUUAUUUUAAAGCUUUUGCUUUAAAAGAUUGUAUAAAUUUGUGGCACGAGUCUCUGUCAAACAGAGUGUAUAGCGGAAAGGAAAGUGACGAAAGUGAGAAACACAUCGGAUACACAGAAAGAACAAAGCUCACAGGAGCUGUAGGGACUUAAAUGGUCGCGAGAGAUCCCGAAUGGUCGGACAGUUCCCCUCUUAUACGAGUGUAUGAGUAUUUAAUGAAAAUCCAUAUGACAGGAGCAAAACUUAAAAAGGCUAGAAAUGCCAAGACAGCAAGAAAAUCUGAGAAAUGGAAGGAGAGAAAGUUGCCGAUGAGGCUGAGACACAUUUCCACACGGAGCACAUUCAGACGGUUUGACUGGUCUUUACUGCAGGCGGCCGUGAUGUUAUUGACACUCAGGUGUUUUUCACAUUUGAAAAGAGUGGGAAGAGAAGAGACAGUCUGCAACUCCAUCAACAGAAUCCCAUUUUCUAAAGCUAUCACUGAAUGCAUUGACACAAUGCCUCAAAACUACUGGUGCUAAUAAACUUUCUCCGUGUCUUUUUCUAUCCUGAAUCCACUCUGGUUUCUUUUUUCUUUUUUACAAAUGAAAAUAAUGUCUGUUUUUGCCCAGCGAAUAAAAAAAAAUCUGUUUUUGCACACCAAAAAAUGAAUGAAAGAAACAAAAAAAUCCAGCAGAGUUCAAUAUGAAUUCUGUGUGAAUGAAGUCUAAUAUUCUGUUUUACUUGAAAGGUUUUUCCCCAUUUGUCAUUGGAAGUUCGCAACUUUCAUUUGCCUUGGGGAAAAUACUCUUUUUUUUUUCUGAAAGAUGUGUGUGACUGGAUUUCGCAACUCCCAAAUACAGCUGUUUUUAACUUAUUGUUCAAAAGUUUAAUAAAAUUCUCUAUGAAAAACUGCA